AUGAAACUCGGAAGCAAACAGGUAAAAAUUAUAUCCUUGUUGCUGCUAGACACAGUGUUCUUCGGGAUCGAGAUAACUACCGGGUACUUGUCUCACUCUUUGGCUCUAAUCGCGGACUCAUUCCAUAUGCUAAACGAUAUAAUUUCUCUUGUGGUUGCACUUUGGGCCGUAAAUGUUGCCAAAAACAGAAAUCCGGAUUCAACGUACACUUAUGGUUGGAAAAGGGCGGAGAUUUUGGGUGCUCUGAUUAACGCCGUCUUUUUGAUUGCCUUAUGUGUCUCAAUUUUGAUAGAAGCGCUACAAAGAAUUAUUGCUCCCCCCGUGAUUGAAAAUCCUAAGUUUGUGUUGUAUGUGGGUGUCGCAGGGUUGAUAUCGAACACCGUUGGACUUUUCUUAUUUCACGACAAUGAUCAAGAGCAUGGACAUGGACACGGACAUUCCCAUGGCGGUAUCUUUGCCGACCAUGAGAUGCAUAUGCCAUCAUCCCACACACAUACACAUGCCCAUGUUGAUGGAAUAGAGAAUACUACACCAAUGGAUAGUACGGAUAACAUUAGUGAGAUUAUGCCUAAUGCUAUAGUAGAUAGUUUUAUGAACGAAAAUACUAGAUUAUUGACACCGGAAAAUGCAUCCAAGACGCCAUCAUACUCAACGUCAAGCCAUACGAUUGCCAGCGGCGGAAAUUACACAGAACACAACAAGCGCAAGAGAUCUUUAAAUAUGCAUGGUGUGUUUCUUCACGUUUUGGGCGAUGCUCUUGGCAACAUCGGCGUUAUGUUGUCUGCAUUUUUCAUUUGGAAGACCGACUAUUCUUGGAAGUAUUAUACAGAUCCGCUUGUCUCAUUGAUAAUUACCGGUAUAAUUUUUUCCUCUGCGCUUCCUCUAUCGUGCAAGGCUUCCAAAAUAUUGUUACAAGCGACACCUUCCACUUUAUCCGGCGAUCAAGUAGAAGGUGAUCUUUUGAAAAUACCAGGAAUAAUAGCUAUUCAUGAUUUCCAUAUUUGGAAUUUAACAGAGUCUAUUUUUAUUGCAUCUUUGCAUAUUCAACUAGAUAUCAGCCCGGAACAAUUUACUGACCUGGCCAAAAUAGUUAGAUCAAAACUUCACCGCUAUGGCAUUCACUCCGCUACUUUGCAACCUGAAUUUAUUACCAGAGAGGUUACUUCAACCGAAAGAGCCGGAGACUCCCAAGGUGAUCAUCUACAAAAUGACCCGCUUUCAUUAAGGCCAAAGACAUAUGGUACUGGCAUUUCAGGUUCCACUUGUCUUAUCGACGACGCUGCCAACUGCAACACAGCUGAUUGCUUAGAGGAUCAUUAA